AUGACCCGCAAUUGCCUGCAACAAGUGAGGGACUUUUUCUGGAACCACUCGAGGGCAGAUCAGCCUACUUCUCGGGAUGUUCGUAAGGGCGAUGGCGUUUUCGUGCGUGCAACAGGAAGCCGGAAACUUAGCCUGACGCGUAAUGAGAGGAAUGAUGAACAGCGAAAGCCCCUCUUGACGAAAAGCCCUCCCAGUUCACUUCGUCAUUUCCAAGACAAUCUCUACAAGGGUAGACUUUACUUACCCAGCACCCCAACCUUCCUCGAAGAUCAAAUAAACGAAAGCUCCAGUCGAGGCCUGCAGGAAGCCGCCACGGAUAUACACACGGAGCACUCCCAGGGCACUGCUUCUUCUUCUACUCUAGGGAGCUUCAAAAGCGAAGACGCCGAAUCAAGCAAGUCUUUACACCCACCACAGCGUAGCAAUUCUGGAUCCGCACUAUAUGCUGCACUGUUUAAAGCUCGCCAUGAAUGGCCUCCACGCAUGAACAGCUACUUCAUCCCCAAUGAUGAGCUAGAACGACUACUCGAUGUGGAUUCAAUAAUGGACGAGCUUGGCGGAUCCCAACUGGGACCCAUGGCUGCGCAGGAAUUACAUAUUUUAGCGCAAGAUAUCUCCAACAAGGCUCCAAGGUUAUUCGCAAUUCUUGUUUGUCUGGGACUUGGACACCUUAUUCCUCAAUUUAUCGAUGAAGAAAUUGACGAUGAGGAUUUACCUUUUGGCAGGACAGACGAUACCAAAAUGCUUGGGAGGUGGCAGCUGUGCAGCAAAUCACGGCCAAACGAGCCUAUCAGAUGUAUGGCUGGUUGGAAUCGGUCUAACAUUAUCAAUUUCGAUCGAGAGCAGUGGUACGUUCUAGCUCACGUCUUCGAUAAUAAUGAAGAGGAUCGAAUCCCUCACUACGAUAUCGGCAACAAUUGUAUUCUGCCUUUUGUAAAGGACGAAGAGCAAGGCGAUCAAGUCAAACAGGGAGGCUUUAGUACAGUAUGGGAGAUCAUUAUACACCCCGCUCACCAAAAGCUGCAUUGUAGUACCAAUUCGGAGAAGUCACCACCUUCAAUGGCUUUGAAACGACUGCACACACCUAAAGAGGAAGAAUUCCUCUCGGAAGUUGAUAUGUUCAGAGCGUUCACUGCUCACGGUCAUCCGCACCUUGUCAGACUGCUAGCUACGUAUCGAUAUAAAAACAGAUACUACCUGCUUUUCCCUUUUGCGAAAUCGAACCUUCGAAAAUAUUGGGAGAGUAAACCGAUACCGGACUUUACUGGAUCCAUGAUACUUUGGUCUUUGCAUCAGUGUAAAGCAAUAGCGUCAGGUCUACAUCUAAUUCAUACACGUCAGACUACCCAGUGUUUGGCAUACUGGGCAAAAGUACCUCCGGGGAAUGGUAGCUUCGCUGGUGUUGAAGAUGCCGAUCGAACAUUCGGUCGCCAUGGAGAUAUCAAGCCCGAAAAUAUUUUAUGGUCUAUAGAGAUAGACGAGAUCCACAUCGAUCGCUGCAAAUGUUUUCUAGAGCGAGGCUAUCUUCUCAUUGCCGAUUUUGGCCUCAUGGAUUUUCACAGGAGACUGACGAGGUCUAAAGUACUUCCCCAGAAGAUCGGAGGAUCUCAAACAUAUGAGCCUCCGGAAAUGGGAUUGAAAAAAGAGAUCUCUCGAGCUUACGACAUCUGGAGUUUGGGUUGCCUGUACCUCGAAUUUAUAACUUGGAUGAUUCUCGGCUGGGAAGAACUCAGUGCAUUCCCUAAAGCCCGGGGCAUGACCGGAGCAUCAGGCGUCACUGACGAUACUUUCUAUACCAUUAUCCAAGAUGCGCAGGGCCGCUUUACUCCGCACGGCAUUCUCCGAGAAAGAGUUAGAGAAUGGAUCCGUGUUCUUCAUGGACAGCCACGAAGUUCACUUUUCAUUCACGAUUUCUUGGACCUCGUUGAAGACAAGAUGUUAGCUGUUGAUCCUUCAACCCGCAUCGCGUGUGGACCUCUGAAUAUGGAACUCAUGAAAAUGGUGGAAAGGGGAGAGAAAGAACCGACCUAUCUCACGGAAGCGCAACCCUAUAAAAGGAAACCUCGAAAGGCAUCUACACGAAGAUUUGUUCAUGAUAGCAGCUCUCCUGCUCCAAUUUUAUCAGGCUUGAAGAGAUCCACGACCUUUAUCUUAUGA